GCGGCUAACGCAGCCUACGCGCGUAGCUCUGGCGUCGCUGUGAUCGCAGCGCUGCAAACGUCUCGAAAAACCCAGCUCUUCGGCCAGAGCAGAGCAAAACCACCACUGCCUCUCUCAGCCACUUUACGGGAGCAGCGCAGCAAUCAUGUGGUGGCCCUACGCCGUCGCCGCGGCCGCCGCGGCGGCGUACGCGAUGAGACCUCGCCACAAAUACAAGGUACCGGUGCGCCAGUCCUGGACGCUCCGAGCAUUAAACGCGCUGCUCUGGCCGAGCUGCUUACUGCAGGACUGCUGCGGCAUAAGCGUCCCGCGCGUGGGCAAGAUGCUGCGCUGGCCGCUGUCUCUACCACGACUGAUGGCCGAGGCCGAACGACGCACGAAACUCUCAGAUUGGGCGCGGGACGAGUCCUUCCCGGGCCUGUACGAAGUAGCGGUAGCUAGGCUGAACGAAACACAACCGACGCCCGUCGGGCGAUUAAUUGCCUUUGACUAUCUGAUGCGUAGACUCAUGACGAGGCUGCAAGUCAUUGACAGGGCCAAGUCAAAGCCGGACCCGCGAUUCGUGCCGCGAGCACCUAUCGUCGUAAUGGGCCUGCCGCGCACGGGCACGACGUUCCUGCACCGCUUAUUGGCGUUGGAUCCUGCCAAUAGGUGCCCGGAGACGCACGAGCUGCUGGAUCCGCUGUCCCAGAGACCUCUGCACAAGCGCGUCAAGUACUGGGAUUCGAAAUUGAAUCUGAUGAAGCGCCUCGUGCCCCAUUUGGAACAGAUCCACGAUUUAGGUGCCCGAGAAGCCGAGGAGUGUCUGUUGGCGUUGUCCGUCGACGUGCCUUUACUCCCGCCGACGUUCCGCCAUUUGGUAAGGCACUGCGUUGCCAAUGGCACCUUCCCCUCGCUCCAAAGAGCCUACGCCCUUUACAAACGCCAGCUCGAGUUCCUCGCCGCCGAGAAAGGAGAAAACAAGCGCUGGGCGCUCAAGUGCCCCGCUCAUUUACCUUACGUCUCCGACCUCCUGAAGGAGUUCCCCGACGCUAGGAUAGUGUGGACGCACCGCGACCCGCGCGAAUCGAUCCCGUCGCUCUGCUCCAUGUUUCGCACGUUCGCGGACAUGGGGGAGACCGGUCCAAUAGAUUUGGAGGCGAUCGGGCGGGAGCAGGUUAGUUUUUGGGGCGCGGCCUGCGACCGGGCGCUGGAUGUUGCGUGUUGCGACGUGGCCUACGCGGACCUGGUCAGGGACCCGGUCGCUGCUGUCAAACGCGUCUACGCGGCGUGCGACCUGACGGUCUCUCCCCAAUUUGAAAGAGCGCUGGAAUCGCAUCUGGCGACGCGGUCGCGGUCGUCGUCCCACGUAUACUCGCUCGGCGAGUACGGGUUGGAUGGAGACGCCGUGCGGGCGCGGUUUUUGGGGUACUCGGAGGCGAUGCGCAGUAGGGGUGUGGUUGUGUAAGAUGUAC